AUGUAUGCAAAACACCUGUACGAAUGUGGCUUAUAUGAUGAUGCUGCAGAAUGGCUCAACGUUUUUCUAACACUGUUUCGACAGGAACACUUGGAUAAGUUGUACAUGUAUGCAAAGCACCUGUACGAAUGUGGCUUAUAUGAUGAUGCUGCAGAAUGGCUCAAUGUUUUUCUAACACUGAAUCCACUUACUAGCAAGGAUGAUUUGAGUUCUCUAUGGGGAAAACUUGCAGCAGAAAUCCUAACAAAGAAUUGGGAAUUUGCUAUGGAAGAUCUGAGAAGCCUGAAGAAGGCUAUUGAUAAUAAAUAUAUCAACAUGACACAACAUUCUAUUAGGCUGAAGGCACGACUGAUCCACUGGUCUCUGUUUGUGUUUUUUAACCAUCCAGAAGGCAGAGAUAACAUCAUCAAUAACUUUCUCUACCAACCAGAGUAUCUUAAUAUUAUCCAAACCACAUGCCCACACAUCCUUAGAUACCUGACCGCAGCUGUCAUCUUCAUCAAAGAUGCAAGAAAAUGUGGACGAGUCCUUAAAGAUUUAAUCAAGGUUAUCAAACAGGUGUCUUACUCAUACAAAGACCCUAUUACAGAGUUUGUAGAAUACUUGCAUGGCAGCUUUGACCUCAGCACUGCCAAGAAAAAGCUAAAAGAAUGUGAACCGGUGCUUGUCAAUGAUUUUUUCUUGGAGGGAUGCUUUGACAAAUUCAUGGCCUAUGCUUAUUUUCUUAUUCAUGAAACAUUUCAACAUCAUCAUGAGCGUAUCAUCAACCGAACCAGGAAAGAACAGCAGAAUGAGUACAGGAGGGAGGUAUUGAUACAAGGCCAGAAACAGAACAGAAUGGAAAAGAGCACCACCACUGCCCUAAUGUCAUUCAGAGACACAGUAAACAACCAGAGAAACAAUGGAACAUUUGUAUCUGCAACCUUUCUGGACCUCUCUAAGGCACUUGGCACAGCUGCACACGAGAAACUCAUUAAUGUUCUUUCUGACCUAAAUCCCAGUGAACAUACUAUUGCUUGGUACCAAAGCUAUCUGUCAGGUCGACAGCAAGCAUUUCAGUGGCAGAAAGACCCUUCCCCACUACUUCCAGUUACUCUAGGUACUCCCCAAGGCUCCAUCCUUGGACCCUACUUUGUCUGUUUUUACUAA